CCCUUCCCUUAAAGAAAACUGUGAGUGACUUGCUUCUGCUAACAUCUUUUGCAAAGAAGCAAACCAAAGUUCAAGUCUGUUUUGAGGGUUUGAAUCAGAAAGGAAAUGGGUGGAGAGAGUAAUGAAGGUGAGAUGGGGUUAAACCAUGGAGGAGAUGAUCAAAAUGGGAUCUCAAGAGUUGGAAUGCCUUUGUAUGCAAAGGUAGAUUCUUUCUUCUCUUCUGCAGAUUGGGAUCCAGUUGUCAGUGUUGGUGGUGGUGGUGGUGACUUCUCUAGCUCUCAUUACCCUUCAAUGGCGGCUAUGGAUAAUCCAGGGAUGAGUUGCUUCCCUCAUUACCAAACCGGUUCUGGUUCUGGUUACCAUGACAUGCCUGCUAGUCUUGGUCCGUUUGGUGAUUGUGGAGGUGGUGGUGGUGGUCAGUUUCUUGGUUCAGACAAGAAAGAGGAAAGUGUUGGGAGAUUGAUCAGAGCUGGAGAUGGUCACCAGGUUUCAGAUGAUGUUGUUCUUGGUGGUGGUUCCUCAAACAGAAAAAGAAGGCAACCAGUAGCCGAAUCACAAUGGAACAAGCAGAAAGCUGUGGAGGAGUUUCAAGAAGAGCCUCAGAGUCAGAAGAAACACAAAAAUGAUCAGAGUAAAGAGAAGAUGAUGAACAAAGAGAGCUCACAGAGCGAAGAAGCACCUAAAGAAAACUACAUUCAUAUGAGGGCAAGAAGAGGUCAAGCCACUAAUAGUCACAGUCUUGCAGAAAGGGUUAGAAGAGAAAAGAUCAGUGAAAGGAUGAGACUGCUUCAAGAGCUUGUUCCUGGAUGCAACAAGAUCACUGGCAAAGCGGUUAUGCUUGAUGAAAUCAUCAACUAUGUUCAGUCAUUGCAACAGCAGGUUGAGUUCUUGUCUAUGAAACUCGCCACGGUGAAUCCAGAACUCAACGUUGAUAUAGACAGGAUUCUUGCUAAAGAUCUUCUGCAACCAAGAGACAGAAACACUCCUACUCUGGGGCUGAAUCCUUUCACUGGUUUUCAAGGGACGAUGCAGAACAUUUCUACCACCACAAAUCCACAAUACAACUCAUUACCUCAGACAACACUAGAAAGUGAAUUACAAAGCCUCUACCAAAUGGGGUUCGUCUCAAAUCCAUCGACUAUGUCUAGUUUCUCACCUAAUAAUGGUCCAUUGAAACCAGAACUCUAGUACCUUCCAUGUAUGAGAUGAGUUCAAGGAAAAUUUGAAGAGAGAAAGAGUUUGUAUAGAAGAAGGCUUUGGCCUUAGUAUCAUAUCUGUUCUUCCAUGUUAUUAUUAUUUUUCUGAACAAAAAAAAACAAGCAUGAUUUGGAUUCUCAGUUGUUUUUUCUUUCUCAACCAAGAAUGCAUUUAUUAAAAUAUGGAAUCAGAAUACAUUUUAUUUUUACAUUA